CCACGCCUUCUGCUCGAAUCACCCGCAUCGAAAGCGAAGCAUGCCAAGGGAAGGGAAAGCAAGCAGCAAAGGGCAAGGGCUGGGCAUGGACGACACGGCGGCGGCGGCGGCGCGCAGGAAGAAGGCGGCGUCCGCCGACGCCGCGAAGAAGCGGCCGGGAGGGGGAGGGGGAGGGGGAGGGGACCCACGCGGGCGCGGGCCCGGCGUGUCCCCGGCAGCGCCCCCCGCGGACGCCGGCCGGUGCGGGGCAGCGGCGGUGGCGGAGUGCGCGGCCUCGUGCUGCGUGCUCUGCGCGUGCCUGCCCGUGUCCGUGCUCUGCUGCGUGGUGCGCGCGCCGCUCCGGGCCGCGAGGCGGUGCUGCUGCCGGUGGAGGCGGCGGCCGCGGCGGAGGCUCGCGCCGGGGGGAUCGUCGUCCUUCUCUGACGCGGAGGUCGGGGAGUUCCUGCAGGGCGGCCGCAGGCGGGCAAUGGGGCAGGAGGAGAGCCAGCCUCCGGCGCGGUCGCGGUCGCCGCCGCCACGUGGUGGCCGGACAACCUCACCGCCGGUACCGGCGCCGGCGCGUCAACCGCCGCCUCGGGGUCGGAGGAGAUAGCGCCAAGUUACUCAGUUACUGACAUUUCCCCUUUUUUUUUCUCUCCAAUUUUGUUGUAAGCACAACUGGAGGAUCUGCCAAGUUGGAUCUGCUGUUUCGAUCUGUUCGACCUCUCUCGUUCUCGGCUCUGUAUAGCUCAUCCGAUGAUUAGAAAGUGAUUUUCGGCGAACCAGCCUCAAUCCAAUGGUUGUAUCACGCCAAUCUUACAAGGUCAAGUGCUCGAGUGCAUGUUACUUUGUCCUCAUUUUUUUCUUCUGUGUACAUGGCUCUCGAUCGUACGAAGAGCUG